AUGGAUCCUUCCUCGGCGCAACUCCACCAGGAGGUUCGCGAUGCCGUGACGCGCCAGUUAUGCCACCGCAGACCCCUCUUACAUCACAUCAACGCCGACUCCAGUUGGCUGCUCCAGAUCCCGCGUCCCGUUGCCGCCACGCGGAAAGGCGGCCGCGCAUACUACAAUGUUUUGAUCGACCCGUGGUUGUCUGGAGGCCAGAGUGACGUCGCCCGGUGGUUUUCUCAGCAGUGGCACCGCUAUGAGAGCGCAUGCAAGUCCAUCGCCGAGGUGGAAGAGCUGGCGCGCGAGGUGGAGAUCAUGGCUUCCGGGCUGCGCCUAGGCAAAGACAGACAACCAAACGGCCCAGACACCGCCGCGGACACGCAAACCUUCAUUGAUGCAGUCGCCAUCUCCCACGAGUUCACCGAUCACUGCCACAAGGGAACGUUGCUGGAAAUCGACCGCCUCGUGCCGGUGUUCGCGACAGAGAGUGCCGCCGACCUGAUCCGCUCGUGGAAUCACUUCCACCACGUCGCGACGGUGCCCGUCUUCUCGCGCAGACACCCCGACUGGCGCGACGCCUCGAUCCCGCCGCUGCCCGAGUGGCUCAGCAUCUCGCGCCUGGUCGAAGGCUUCGACUUCCUGCAGUACCACAGCGCCCUCGUCUUCUCCUUCGUCAUCCCCUCGUCCUCGACGACGCGGUCCACCACCCGCUCCGCGCGCGCCUUGCCGAACGGCUGGAUUCCGCCGUCGGACGACUCGGACGGCGCAGAGUGCGUCAUAUACACCCCUCACGGCAUACGGCCCGAAGCGUUGCGGCCCGUCGUCGCUGCCUCGCCGCACCUGUCGGUGCUGGCGUUGAUACACGGUUUGCACGACGUGGCGAUCAAUGCUGGGUUUUGGUGGGAGAGGUGGUGGGCGAAAACGCCGCAGCCCCUCCAGCAGCUCAAUCUCGGCGGGUUCAAUGGGUUACAGGCGCAGCGUCUCAUCCAUGCCAAGUACUGGAUCGGCACGCACGAUGAGGAGAAAUGGGGGAGUGGCCUGAUCAACUGGUUCCUGAGGCGCAAGAUUAUUAGUGUGGAGGAGGCGUUGCGUGUUGAGAAGGAGGGGCUGGUCAAGGAGGAAGAGGAGGAGGAUGAGAAGAUUUUGGAUGAUGUUCGGUUCGAGGAGGUGGGUAAUGGCGAGAGCCGAGUGCUCUUGUGA